AUUGUACUACUUAUCCGAUGAUGAGAAAAAAAUGCCAACACAGAGAAACUUGAAAAGCAGAGGAAGUGGAUGUUAUUCUCCAAGCAAGCAAUCAAAACAUGAUCAAGCUCCUCUGCCGUCUCUGUUCGCACCUCCGGUGGCCAAAACGGUGUCGUUUCCGCAAAUCGAACCGAAACAAAAGCACCCUAACCACCAGCACUUGUUCAUCAGCAUUGGUUCACCCAAACAAGAAACCGCAGAAACCAAUCCGCGUAGCAACCUUCAACGCCGCACUCUUCUCCAUGGCACAAGCGGUCCCCACCAACAACGACGAAGAACAAAACGCGCGCUGUGAUCUCAAACCCAAAAGCAUUCUCAAGCACUCUCCUCUUCACCCAAUAACUUCGGUUGUUCCACCACCGGAACGUCAAUCGAAGCUGAGAGUUUCCAUCAACCUACCAGAUAACGAGAUUUCGCUUCUGAGAAGCAGACAAUCGAGCUUCUCGGAGCACGAGAGAGAAGGAGGAGGGUCUUCUUGGCGAUGGAGAAGCGUGGUGAUGAGACAGUGCAACAGCUUCUCCGGCGUGGAAGGGAAUGAUGUGUACGGAAUAAAGAGCCGGAAGACGGUGCUGGAGGUUCUGAGGGAGUUGGACGCUGACGUUUUGGCUUUGCAGGAUGUGAAGGCGGACGAACAAAACGACAUGAAGCCAUUGUCGGAUUUGGCCAAAGCUUUGGGCAUGAACUACGUCUUUGCUGAUAGCUGGGCUCCUGAAUACGGCAACGCCGUUUUGUCCAGGUGGCCCAUCAAACGAUCCAACGUCCAGAAGCUCUUCGACCACACCGAUUUCAGGAAUGUUCUGAAGGCCACUAUCGAUGUACCUGAAGCUGGUGAAAUGAACUUUUACUGCACCCAUCUUGAUCAUCUUGAUGAGAAUUGGAGGAUGAAGCAGAUUAAUGCAAUAAUCCAGUCUAAUAAUGAUGAGCCUCACAUCUUAGCUGGAGGGCUUAACUCACUUGAUGAAUCAGAUUACUCACAAGAAAGAUGGACUGAUAUUGUUAAGUACUAUGAAGAGAUUGGAAAACCAACACCAAAGGUUGAAGUGAUGAAAUAUCUAAAGAGUAAGCACUACACGGAUGCUAAGGACUAUUCAGGGGAAUGUGAGUCUGUAGUGAUGAUUGCCAAAGGACAAAGUGUGCAAGGGACAUGUAAGUAUGGAACAAGGGUAGAUUACAUAUUAUCAUCAUCAGAUUCAACAUAUAAGUUCGUAGCAGGGUCCUAUCUUGUGCUUUCUUCCAAAGGGACUUCAGAUCAUCACAUAGUCAAAGUUGAUGUGGUUAAAGAAAAUAAUAGCAUUCUAAACAGUAGUCCUCUUCAAGAAGAAAAUAAUAAUGUAACAAAGAAGCAGCAGAGAAUGAAAACACAGCCAAGUCCAUCAACUUGUAUAUGGAACAAAAACACAUACGGGAGAGAUAUUGAUUGAGUUUCUUAUUUAUCUUUUUCUUCUCUUUUAAUUUGCUUACAUUAAUUGCUGAAUUUAACUAUAGUUUCGAAGAUGGGGCAGUUCAGUUAGUUUUAAUUUGUUCAUGCUUCCUAAUCCUCUAAUCAUAUGUGUUCUGUAUAAAUCUGUGUUUCCUAAAAGACAAAAAAGAUUUACAAGAUUAUUGAGAGGCAAAA